AUGAUGGAAAGAAUAAGAAAAGAGAUGAUUCUUAUGGAGAGAGGGCUGCACAGCCCCACGGCCGGCAAGAGGUUCUCCAAUUUGUCCGACUCCGCUGGCAAUGCUGUGCUCGAGGCCCUGGAAAAUUCACAGCACCCAGCUCGCCUCAGCCCGCGCCUGCCGUCAGCCCCCUUGCACAGCGCUCUGGGAGACAUCCCCGCCAAGGGCAAAUUCGAAAUAGACACUUUGUUCAACCUGCAGCACACGGGCAGCGAAAGCACCGUCUCAUCCGAAAUCGCCUCCGCCGCCGAGGGCCGCAAAAAGCUGGGCCAUUAUUCAGAGGCGGCCGCAGAAGCAGACAUGAGCAGCGACGUGGAGGUGGGCUGCUCGGCGCUGCGCUCCCCCGGCGGCCUUGGCGCCGCGCCUCUCAAGGAAACCAACGGCAAAGGGUAUGCGGAGAGCGGCUCAGCCGCGGGCACCGCGACGUCUGCGUCGGGCUCCGGCCUUGGCAGCCUGCAUGGAGGCGGCGGGGGCGCGGCGCAGGGCGGCUCCAGCUCUGGCGCAGAUCAGGUGCGGCGCUACCGCACGGCGUUCACACGCGAACAGAUCGCGCGCUUGGAGAAGGAGUUCUACCGGGAGAACUAUGUGUCGCGGCCUCGCCGGUGCGAGCUGGCAGCUGCGCUUAACCUGCCUGAAACCACCAUCAAGGUGUGGUUCCAGAACCGGCGAAUGAAGGACAAGCGGCAGCGCCUGGCCAUGUCGUGGCCGCACCCGGCCGACCCCAGCUUCUACACCUACAUGAUGACGCACGCGGCCGCCACCGGAAGCCUGCCCUAUCCCUUCCACUCGCACGUGCCGCUGCACUACUACCCGCAUGUGGGCGUCACGGCUGCGGCCGCGGCGGCUGCGGCCUCCGGCGCGGCGGCUGCGGCCUCUUCGCCCUUCGCCACAUCCAUCCGACCUCUGGACACUUUCCGCGCCCUCUCACAUCCCUACUCGCGGCCGGAGCUGCUGUGCAGCUUCCGCCACCCGGGCCUCUACCAGACGCCCGCGGCCGCUGCUGGGCUCAACAGCGCGGCCUCCGCCGCCGCGGCUGCGGCAGCAGCCGCGGCAGCGGCCUCCUCGGCCGCGGCGGCCGGGGCGCCCCCAAGCGGCGGCUCCGCGCCCUGUUCUUGCCUCAGUUGUCACAGUAGUCAGUCCGCGGCGGCGGCCGCGGCGGCAGCCGCAGCGGCCCUGGGUUCCCGGGGGGGCGGCGGGGGCGGCGGGGGCGGUGGAGGUGCCGCAGGGGCCUCCGGGGGCUCGGACUUCGGCUGCAGCGCCGCGGCGCCGCGUUCCGAGAGCGGUUUCCUGCCCUACUCAGCCGCUGUGCUUAGCAAGACUGCCGUUAGCCCGCCGGACCAGAGGGACGAGGCGACGCUCACCAGAUAA